GUUUCAGUAGAACUGAAGUAUUUGCCACUGCAAUGCCCAUUCUCAAUAGAAUCAUGAAUUUUUUAAAACUAUUAAACAUGUUCUGGCCAAUAAACUUCAACCGCGAGGAAUACCGAAUUGUAACUCAAAAACCAUUCAGACGCAACAGAAAUCCAAUAUCUUUGAUUACUCACCUCGUUCUGGCUUUAACCAUCACUGGACUCCAACUUCACUACGAACUGUUCCAAGGUGGUGAGCUGAAGGAACUCGCUUUCAUUUUUAUGACAACUGGCAAUGCUAUUUCAUUUCUUUCUGGCAGUGUCAGAGGAUUUGAUAUGAUUCUUUUGAUUGAAUUAUUAACUGCUGCUGCAACCGCCUAUAUCUACGACAUGACCCUGUACUACCCAGUCAUUAUGCUUAUGAUGGCACAAACCUACAUACGAUUGGAAAAUACCAUCGAGCUUCCGGAGAUUGAUGAGGACGAUAUACAUCACGAAAAUCAUCCGGAGAACUGGAGAAACAACAUGCACUCAAGAAAUGAAAGAGAUUAAGUCAAUAGUUGUUUUUUUUUUCAUUUUUCGAGUCACAGGGGGCACGGUGCAAAUAAAGUUAAAUCAGAUUUU